AUGCCACCAGCAAGGAGAGAUCCUCGAUACAGUGUUCAGGAUGUCAUUUCCAUCGUCCAAAAUGGAGAGAGUCAUGUGGACCUCGAUUUCGACGACACUGAUGCAAGUGACGAGGAAUCGGAUAGCGAUGCCUGCGUGGACAAAGAAAACAUAGAACCUGAUUGCCCAGCCAAUGUGGACAUUGAGGCUCAAUCAAACAGACACACCAUGCCCCGUGACAGAUAUCGCUGGCAAAAAAAAUAUUUUAUCAGUCCCAAUACUGAUUUUUCUGGUCCAGCUCUCACAGAUGAUGUCACCUCCCUCCACACACCACUGCAAUACUUCCAGAAGUUUGUGUCAGAAGACAUGGUUGAAGCUCUGGCAACAAAUACGAAUGAGUACAGCACUCAAAAUCACAGAAGAUCAGUUAACACAAAUUCAAAAGAAAUACAGACAGUGUUCGGCAUGUACCUGAGGAUGGGCCUGGUACAAAUGCAUCGAACCCGUAUGUACUGGGAGACGGAUACACGGCACCCAGCUGUUGCUGAUGCGAUGCCACGCAACAGAUUCCAAUCGCUUUUGACGUCAUUGCAUUUUGUAAACAACUUGACAGUGUCGGAGACUGAAAAGAGGGACAAACUCUGGAAACUCAGACCAUGGCUUGAUUCGCUCAGAGAGAACUGCCUGCAGGUGGUACCAGAAGAGCACAAUUCUGUGGAUGAGAUGAUGAUACCUUUCAAGGGGAAGUUCAGCAGCAUCAAGCAGUAUAUGCGUGGCAAGCCACACCCAUGGGGGUUUAAAGUAUGGGUGAGAGCUGGAAUUUCUGGCAUGAUGCUUGACUUUGAUGUUUACCAAGGGUGCAUCAAUGGAGUACGAGUCAAGUCUGAACUUGGAUUGUCAGGUGAUGUUGUGAUGAAGCUUGCCUCCACACUUCCAAAGGGCCAAAACUAUAAGAUCUACGCAGACAACUACUUCACCUCUGUUCCACUGGUAGCAAAGCUCCUUGAGCAAGGCAUCCAUUAUGUGGGAACAGCCAGGCAGGUCCGCCUGCCCAACUUUACAGCGAAAUACAAGUACGCCCUGAAAUCCCGGUGGUGGUACAUGUACAUCUUCUGGCACACCAUCACCCUCGCUGUGGUCAACACCUGGCUCCUCUACAAGCGGCACUGCCAAGCUCUCAAGAUGCCAAAGAAGGAGACACUGAAGAUGAGGAUGUUCCAGGCACAGCUUGCAUCCUCUCUCAUUCUGGUGGGCGCAGCACCCAAAACUCAAAAGAGAGGACGACCAUCUGCAGGCAACAGGAGCCCAGGCGCAGCAGGGAGCCCUUUGGAUGCUGGAAAGAAACCAUCCUUGGGUGAUGGGAGUCCAAGCGGUCCCUCCUCCAAAAAAACAUGUGCACACCCCCCUCUGGAUGUGCGCAGAGACCUCAUUGGACACUUUCCACACAAGACAACAAGAGGACGCUGCAGACAUUGCAGUAAAGGGUAUACUAAUACCCAAUGCAGCAAAUGUGAUGUCCACCUCUGCUUUUCAGAGGACAAGAACUGCUUCGGGGACUAUCACUGCAACUGA